AAGGGUGAAGUCCUCAUCUCACGAUUAUAUCGUCAAGAUCUGAAACGAUCCGUAGCAGACAUAUUUCGAAUACAAGUAAUAUCCAACACUGAUAUACGAUCACCCAUAGUUACGCUUGGUUCUACUUCAUUUUUUCACGUUCGGCAUGAAAACCUUUUUAUCGUUGCUGUUACCAAAUGCAACGCUAACGCCGCCCUAGUGUUCGAAUUUUGUUAUCGACUCGUAAAUAUUGGAAAAGCUUAUUUUGGAAAAUUGGAUGAGGAAGCCGUUAAGAAUAAUUUUGUACUGGUGUAUGAGCUUUUAGAUGAGGUUCUCGAUUUUGGAUAUCCACAAAACAGCGAAACUGACACACUGAAAUUAUAUAUUACCACUGAAGGUGUCAAGUCUGAACGUGCCUUAAAAGAAGAUUCAUCGAAAAUUACAAUUCAAGCAACUGGUGCCACAUCGUGGCGAAGACCAGACAUAAAGUAUCGAAAGAAUGAGGCUUUUAUAGAUGUUAUCGAGUCAAUUAAUCUGUUAAUGAGUGCCAAAGGUACUACACUAAGGGCUGACGUUUCUGGGCAAAUUAUGAUGAGGGCUUAUCUUUCUGGAACACCCGAGUGUAAAUUUGGAUUGAAUGACAAAUUAUUGUUGGAAAAAGAUACUUCUCAUAAAGGAAUGGCAAGGAAAUCUACUGCUGUUGAAAUCGAUGAUUGUCAAUUUCAUCAAUGUGUAAAAUUGGGAAAAUUCGAUUCAGAUCGUACAAUCAGCUUUGUACCACCAGAUGGUGAAUUUGAAUUAAUGAGGUACCGCACUACUGAAAAUGUCAUUCUUCCGUUCCGUGUCCAUCCGGUAGUCAAUGAAAUUGGAAAAUCUCGUGUCGAGUAUCGGGUCACAGUGAAAGCGAAUUUUUCGCCAAAAUUAUACGCAAAUAAUGUAUUACUAAAGAUCCCCACACCGCUUAAUACCGCCAAUAUAAAUGUUCGUGUCGCUUCAGGAAAAGCGAAAUAUGUGCCAGCUGAGAAUGCAAUUGUUUGGAAAAUUCCGCGAUUUCAAGGACAGUAUGAAGUAAUGUUAAGUGGGGACGCAGAGCUUUCUGCAAUGACAGUCAAAAAGGCAUGGUCGAGACCGCCAAUAUCAAUGGAUUUUCAAGUAUUGAUGUUUACAUCUUCAGGAUUACUAGUAAGAUUUUUGAAG